AUGACGAAAGGAACUGACCCAAAAUUUGAUGAAGGUAAUCCUGACAAAUUGGCUAUCUUUCUAGAUCCAAGCAUAGUCCAUUUCGACGCAGGGAAGAAACAGAGCAAGUUAAGGAAUGGGGUUGAAAAAAAUGCUGAGACCAAUAGUAACACCACCACACCUAUCGUCGCCUCUUCCAAACCCUCCUCUCCCAUCUCCGCCGCCAGACCAAUACUCACACUCACCCCAAUCCCCAACUCCCAAUACCACCGCCUCCUCAACUUUCUCAAGACCCAUCUUUCCCCACCUUUCACCCCGGAAUCUCUCCUCCAUUUCCUCAAAUCCAAGCUCCAUCACCACCCUUCCUUUUCCCACUACGACUUUCACGUCUUCACCUGGGCCUCCUUCGUCGACUCUUUCCGCCACACCCACUCCACUUUCCAUUGGAUGGCCCAAACCCUAGCUCUCUCCCACCGCGUCCACCACCUCCGCGUCCUCCUCGAUUUCAUCGCCUCCAACCCUUGUCCCUGCUCCGACUUCAUCUUCUCCUGCCCCCACACCGAAUCCAUCUUCCGCUUCGCCAUCCACGCUUACUGCAAAGCCGGCAAAUUGGACGAAGCUGUCUCCUCGUUCCGUUCCAUGUGCAGGUUGAUCGACGGUAGGCCUAAUGUUGCAGUUUGUAAUAUCAUAAUUCAUGGAUUUGUGAAAUUCGGCAUGCUUGAUAGGGCUCUCGAGUUUUAUGAUGAGAUUGUUAGGGUUAGGGUUAGGCCUGAUCUGUUCACUUUUAACAUUUUGAUCAGUGGUUAUUGUAGGAAUUUGAAGUUUGGGUUGGCAUUGGAGAUGUUCAAGGUGAUGAGAAAGAUGGGGUGUGACCCAAAUGUGGUUACUUUCAACACUUUGAUUAAGGAGAUGUUUAGGGAGGGAAAGGUUGAAGAAGGGAUUGGGAUGGCUCAUGAGAUGAUUGACUUGGGUUGCGAGUUCUCCAAUGUCACUUGUGAGAUUCUGGUUCACGGGCUUUCCGAGAAAGGAAAGGUUUCGCAGGCGUGUGAGCUGUUACUUGAUUUCUCCAGAAGGGGAGUUUUGCCUAAAGGGUAUGAUUAUUUUGAUUUGGUGGAUGCUCUGUGUGGGAAUGGAGAUGUUGAUAGAGCAUUGGGGCUAAUUUAUGAGUUGUGGGAGAAAGGAUGUGUGCCGAGCUUGAUUGCUUGCAUUGUGAUGAUUGAUGGGUUGAGAAGCUCAAAGAAGACUAAAGAAGCUUGGAGAUUGGUGGAAAAGAUGCUUAAAGAGGGUAUGAUACCAGAUGUUAUUACUUUCAAUUGUGUGCUUCAGGAUAUUUGCAAGGUGCGACAAACAGAGGAAGCAAAUAAAUUAAGAUUACUUGCUUUUAGCAAGGGUUUGGAACCGGAUGACGUGACAUAUAAAAUUUUGGUUAAUGGAUACACAGGAGAGGGCCAGAAAAUAGAGGGAGAGUCAGUGGUGAAUGAGAUGUUGGAUAGGGGAUUCAUACCUGAUCUUGCUUCAUAUAAUGAAUUGAUGAAUGCGCUAUCCACUUGUCAACGACACUCCACCCGCCAUCAGGCUAAUAAACUUGACCACACAUAAUACAAGUGUUCAAGGUUUAAUUAUAAUUGAAGCCUAGGAUAAGUGAUUUAUGGAUGAUUCAGAGCUCAAUAUGAAAAACCUUCAGAUGAUUAUAUUGUUAUUUCGGGGCUUACACUGCAAUGUCUAGUGCAUCCUCCAUGCUGACUUCUUUCAAUGGAUAAGACCUGGGUGGGGUGAAAAUGUAGCUGGAUUCUAUACUUGUGUGAUCUUCGAUAAUUUUUGCAAGGAAGAGGAUAUGGCUGCGCAUACUUCUUCUGAGAUUAUUAAGUAUGAUGUCUUCCUCAGCUUCAGAGGCACAGACACUCGCCGUGGUUUUCUCAGCCAUCUGCGCAAGGCUUUAGAGGACAAGCACAUCAAGACAUACGUGGAUUACAUGCUCAGAGAAGGAACUGAAAUAUUGCACUCACUCCUUGCAGCCAUUGAACAAUCAGAAAUUGCUUUGAUCAUAUUCUGCCAGGAUUAUGCAUCUUCCCAAUGGUGUUUGGAAGAACUAGCCAAAAUAUUGGAAUGCAGGAAACAAAAUGGUCAAAUUAUAAUACCUAUUUUCCAUAAUGUAGACCCAUCAUGGGUGCGCCGCCAAAAGGAAAGUUAUCACCAUGCGCUUGCUAAUCAUGAGGUGAGGUUUGCAGAUAGGGUGCAAAUCUGGAGAGAUGCUCUCAAGGAAGCUGCCAACUUGUCUGGAUUCCAUUCACCGUCAUCAAGCUUCAGGAACGAUGCUGACCUUGUUGAUGAAAUUGUCAAACGUGUCUUACAAAGGUUAAACCAAUCACCCCAAGGUGAUUUGCAGGGUCUUGUUGGAAUUCAUGGACCAAUUGAAAAGCUAGUAUCGUUGUGCAUGGAAUCUGAAGCUGUUAUUGUUGGCCUUUGGGGCAUGGGCGGCAUUGGUAAGACAACUCUUGCGACUGCAGUUUUCAAUAGAUUGUGUGAUGGAUUUGAAGGAUUUUGCUUUUUGAACAAUGUAAGAGAAAGAGCUGAGAAAUAUGGUAUAGAUCAUUUGAAGACAGAACUUCUUUCCAAACUGCUAAAGGAAGAAGAUGCAAGUCCCUUUGUCAUGCCUGGUGGGAUAACUAAUUUUGCCAAGAAAGGACUUAGUCGAACAAAGGUUCUUGUUGUUCUUGAUGAUGUCAAUGAUUCAGAUCAAAUGGAAGAUUUAUGUGGAGGACAUACAUGGUUUGAGGCAAGUAGCAGAAUCAUAGUGACAACAAGAGAUAAGUAUGUUCUUGCUACAGCUGAUGCAUAUCAUAU